AUGGAGAAAACAAGCGACGCAGUUCCUGAAGAUAUACAAAUGGAGACUCUGCUACGGAUGCCUCUGAAAUCCCUGGCAUCUAUAGUCCGUACCAAACAAUUCAGAGAUCUUUACUUGCUCCGAUCGUUGACAAAGCCUCGAGUGUUGUUCGUCGACAUUCCUUUCCGACGUGAUGUGUUGUUUCACUCUGUUCAUCAAGAGGAGGAACCAUUGUUGUCGUCUGGUCAACAACAGUUCCAGGUGCGUGUUGAUCAAGAAACAGAAUAUGGGUUUUCUCACUUUACCAGAGAUCCAAGGGAUAGAAACUGGUUACAGAUAAGGAGUCAAGGAGCUAAGGAACAUCUGCAUCAAGUUCUGACGGUGGGAUCGGGUGAAGAAUCUUGGAGACGAAUAAAAUGUAAGCAUCCUCAUUCUCCAGUUACACUUGGAAUAUGUAAAGAAGGAGUUUUGUACUAUGGAGCUCGGUCCAAUGGUGACAAAUCUCUGGUAAUGAGCUUCGACGUGAGGUCUGAGGAGUUUAGCGUCAUUGAGUUAUUACCUGAGGGAGUCAACAUUCAUCCUCGUUGCAACUUGGUAAACUACAAUGGGGAAAUUGCCUUAGUGGAUAAAGACGACGCUGAAUUUAUUCGUGUGACUGACUCGAAUGGAAACGGAGUUUUUGAAAUGUGGGUUAGGAAGGAAACUACAGGAAAGUGGUGGAGAAACCGUAUUGAGAUUCCUCGUUGGGAAGAAACUGCUGAAAAUAUGGAUUAUUUUUUCAAAGGUACCAUUGGAACAGGAGAACUUGUUUUCGCACGAGACCAUGUGAUUCAGAGACCAUUCUCUGUGCUGUAUUAUGACACAGUCACACACAAAAUCAGAAGAUUUCAGAUUCAAGGAGCGGGAGGUCAGCUUCGUACUGUUCAAACCUUCUUGGAUCAUGUCGAUACUACUUUUCUUAUCUAAGGAACUAAAGUUGGUCCCAUUGAUCAUCAGAAACUGGUUGGUUGGUUGGUUGGUUGGUUUUUCAGUCUCUCAAGUACUAGUAUCUAUAGUCUUAUUGGGAUUGAUCGUUUUCAUUAAUAUUGUUGCUAAUCUUUAUAUUUAUGGUACGUACUAAUUAAUGUUCGGUCAUU